GAGUCUCCUGCAUUGACAGCUUGGCAUUGUAGGAAGAACAGGGGCUGGAAAAAGUUCCCUCAUUGCUGCCCUUUUUAGAUUGUCAGAACCUGAAGGUACCAUUUACAUUGAUGACAUCUCGACAACAAGUAUUGGACUUCACGAUUUAAGGAAGAAAAUGUCAGUUGUACCUCAGGAACCUGUUUUAUUCAUUGGAACAAUGAGGAAAAAUUUGGAUCCCUUUAAUGAGUAUUUGGAGGAGGAACUGUGGAAUGUCUUAGAAGAGGUACAACUUAAAGAAGCCAUUGAAGCUCUUCCUAGUGAAAUGAAUACUGAAUUAGCAGAAUCAGGAUUGAAUUUGAGUGUUGGACAGAGACAACUAGUAUGCCUUGCUAGAGCUAUUCUUAGGAAAAAUCAGAUACUGAUUCUUGACAAAGCCACAUCCAAUGUGGAUCCAAGUCUGCAUUUCCUGUCUUCACUGAAGUAUAUCAACUUCUCUGAUUCCAGAACUGAUGAGUUAAUACAAAAAAAAAUUCGUGAGAAAUUUGCCCAGUGCACUGUGCUAACCAUCACACAAAGGUUGAGUACCAUUAUUGACUGUAAACGGAUACUGGUAAGACCCUCACCAUUUUAGUUUUUUCACUUAUAUUCAAUUUUGUACUGAUCCUUCCUUGUAAAACUUGAUAGAAACCUCCAGUAAUUUAAUCUUCUCUUGGUUUCUCUUCUCAUUCCUGAAAACAACACGAGUAGUUAACUUUACUUUCAAAAUGUGCUAUUAAAUAAUAUAUCUAAUAACCUUGUAUUUUCAUAUAAUAUUCUUAUAUUUGAAUUGUUGUUUUUUAAGACAUCCAGUCAUGAAAAUAUUCCAAACCCAAGUUAUAGCUUCAAGAGGCUAGAACACAGUCAUUUUCACUGUAUCACAGUUGUUUCAGCAUUUUUUGAUUCCCUUAAUCAAAAAAUUAACCUCUCAUUUAGACUGCCAGGAGGUUUUUGGCUAAGGUUGCAGAAUUUUUCAGCUCUUGCUGUCAGAGGGAGUGCAUGAGAAGGAAGGGCUUCCUGAGAAAAGCAGAAAGGAUUUAAUAUAGGAAAUUUUCUACUUAAGAAUAGGAGGCUAGAAAAAGGAAAGGAAGCACUGGGGUAAUGAUUUUAGGAAGCAGCUACCAUGUCCGAGGACAGA